CUACGCGUAUCUGUUCCCGCCCAGUCAAUUGUGACAAACCGCCGCCAAUGGUUUCAUAUAUAGCAUCGCUCAGAACCGGUGUCCAUCCUCUCUCAGGAGCCGUCGGAACUAUUGUUCCUUACCAAACACCGUCAAAUGAUGUACGUAACAACCGGGGAUCUGGAGGAUAUUACGAAGGAUCCGGUGGCGGGUACAAUAAUGGAUACAACGGCGACAACAACGGCGGAUACAAUGGAGCAUAUAACAGCGGUUAUAGCGGCACAUACAACGGCGGGCACAACAACGGCUAUCGCAGACCGUGGCAACCUGAUCAAAGGGAGAAGGUGAAAAAGAUGUGGAAUUGGAUGUCCGGAGAGAUGGAAGAAAGGGAGCGGGUUAGAAAGGAGAAGGAAGAGGUGGCUAAAAAGGAAGAAGACGCGAAGAAGGCUAAAGAGCUUGAAGAGAAAAGACUCGCAGAGGCCAAAGACAAGGAAGACUUCAAAGCUAGUAUUGGACAGAUGGUGGAGGGACAAAUGAGGCGAGUAUGUGAAGAUUUAUUAGGGAAGAAGGUGGGAGAAGGAGUACGACUGAUAGCAACACCAACAGAGGAGGUCCAAAGGAGGAUAAAGAACAAGACCCAGAAGAAUCUGACUCAAGACGAGCACAAGAAGAAGGACGAGGAAAUCGCAAGAUUAAAACAGGCCUCCAGAGGAACUUGUGUCAUAUAUACACGGAGCGCGCCUUUGGCAAACGCAAUAAACAACGCACAAUUGGUGAAGGGGACUCUAAUGAAGAAGAGGGACAUGAAGAAUCAGACGAUGAAGAUGAUGCGAACAACGGAGGAUGCUAGGACCGACUACCGAGCGUUGGUGAGAUUAACGAACUUGCCCUUGCUUGUAGAGAAGUGCGCGAAAAUGAGACGCUACAGAAAGACGUGCCAGUCUAUGUUAGGUGUGCUUGUGGCUGCCUCCUACCUAGAGGGUAGCGCAGCAAGAUGGUUGAGUGGUUUAGUGCAGCUCCAGAGGUAUGGUCAUGACUUCCGCGCUUGGGCAGUCACCCAGAAAUUGGAUGACUUCCUUAAGUUGGUGGAGGAAAGGUGGCAUGAUCCUCAGGAGUCCCAAAGGGCCAUUGAUGCGAUCCUGACACUGCACACGCGGCAGUUUAAGUCAGUAAGGGAAGCCACCGACGCUGUUGAGCGUUUGAUCUGUGUCCCAGGGGUACGCUAUGACCCCCAGGUACUACUCACCUCCUACCUGAGAUGCUUCUCCUUGCCUCUAAGGAACCAGUUGGCAGGUGAAGCCAGCAUCAAUAUGCACAACUUUCCUUCGUUCAACAAGAAGGCCCUAGACCUUGAGGCGAAGAUAGGGCAUGGAAAUGCACCCACUACAGACGGAAGGAGGAAGUCACUGCCUCCUAACUGGAAGGCGAAGGGACGCAUCAUGUUUGUCGAUAACGAUGGUUCAACCAUCGAACUAGACGACAACUUCCAGGAAGGAAUAGAUACAGAGGCUGGCAGCGCAGAAGCUUCAGAGGGUGGAGUAGUAGCUGCCGUAGCACAAAAAGGUAAGGCGACCGAUAGACGCCGCGGAGGUUCCCGGUCCAGGAGUCAAGUUGACCCGAAUGCUCCUCCAUGGGAGAAAGUGGGUCUUACAGAGGACGUGUGGAGAGAUCGGUACACACGGCAAGCUUGCAUUCGUUGUGGCCAAUACGGCCAUAACCAGUUCAAGUGUCGAAACAAGAAGGUGACCGAGAAGAUCCCGCCUACGACGGGGCAGGCGUUGGGAUCCUCCCAUCCCGUUGGUAGCAACGUGGCUAGUUCUUCUGGCAAUGCUCCGGGAAACACGUCGGGCCAGUAGGAAUACUAGCUGUUCCUGCUAGGGUCGAGGUGGUGGAAACACCCUCACCAUCUCGAGAGAUGGCCCAAGCUACUGACUCCAGCGUCGUCCCGCAAACACAUUCAGACCCAUCGAGCCUCUGUUCGAUGAAUGUGUUUGAGUCCUUAGAGGAGCUAGAGGAGUGGUCUAGAUCAGACCCACUAGCUUCUUGGACGACACUAGUCAAAGCCCCUAAGGGUGAAAUGUUCGUCAGCGAGGUUGUCAUUGGCGGCCGCAAGGUCGGGGCCUAUUAUGACACUUGCUCGACUAGAAACUUUGUCAUCCGUGCAUGCAUUGAGAGGCUGCGCUUACAGGGGCAAGUGCAGCGCCUGAGUCGACCUGUGGAGUCGACCUGUGCCAACAAACAGCGCAUGGUAGU